AUGUAUCUUAUCUCGCGGUUUGUCAGGCGAACUGGCCAGCAGCAGCUUCUCGACAUUGCCACGAUGUGUCAGAGGCUGCGGCCGCUACAUCCUACCGAGCACACUCCGUUCGCGUCAGCACUGCGAAUCCUCCUGCACGUCUCAUUUGGCCGCCUGUGUCGUCAAGAGCAUGCACAACUUGUGAUUGCCGCCUGGGGAGAGGAGGGACACGAACACGGCUCUUUGAUGGCGAUGCUGCUGUCAGAACAGCUCACCGCUCUCCUGGGCCCAGAAGUACAAGACCCCGAUGAAGAAACCUUCCUCCUCUUUGCCCUCGAUCGGCCAGCCGCUCAGAAUCUCGGCUUCGUCGACCCCCAUGUCGCCGAGCUCGACCUCUCCGUCGCCGGUCGCGAUCUCGUCGUGCACCAGUCGCCCGCCGUCCUGACCUCGAGUCGUCCUGGCGGCACCACCGGCGCCGUCCUCUGGAAGAUCACACCGGCCGUCGCCGAGUGGCUGGCCAGACCCGAUAAUUUUCUCUUCCGCACAUCGCUGCUGGGCGCUCAGUCGGCCGUGCUCGAGCUCGGCUGUGGCAUCUCUGCCGUCAUCGGCCUGGUCAUGACGGGGUCUAGCAGCAGCACGGUCGUGUCGGCUCGAAAGGCCAGCGGGAAAAGAACAAGAAAGACUGCUGCCGCCAUCGUGGCCCCAGCCAGCAGCAAUUCGGUCGGCCGCUACGUCCUGACCGACCAGCCAUACGUGGCCAAGCUGGUGCAGCGGAACCUGGACGCCAACUCGGCUGUCGCCUCCUCUCUCUACUUCCAUCCCCUGGACUGGGAGACCGACGUCGUGUCGGCUUCCCUUCUACUGCCGUCCCAGGACGUGUCCUCUAGCAUCGACAACGUUCAUCACCAACACCAUCACCGCAACCAUCACGCUCACCACAAUCAUCACGGUCAGAACCAUCCCAGCCGUAUGCCUGCUGCAGACGCCUCCUUCGACGCUGUCCUCGCCUGUGACUGCAUCUAUAACGACGCCCUCGUAGCGCCUCUCGUCCAGACGUGCGUGGAUGCCUGCCGUUUGCGUGAUGCCGACUCUCUGCCAUUGCCGCCGACUCUCUGUAUCGUAGCUCAGCAGCUGCGGGAGCCCGAUGUGCUGACCGCUUGGCUGGACGACUUCCAUGCGGCCUUCCAGGUUUGGCGUGUCCCCGAGCUGCUGCUCACAGAGGCGCUGAGGCCAGCCGCUGGAUUUGCUGUGCACCUGGGCAUUCUACGAUUAAACCACCAUGCUUGA